UGAACUUGACUUCAUUUUCGUAAAGCCGAACGGUUUUACUAUCUUGAUCCAUCUGCUUUUUUUUUUUUUUCAAAAUCCUGCCACUGUUAUUUUGCCUUUAAUGUACGGAGAAGCUUUGGAAAAGCAAUCGUCGAAUCUUGACACUGCUACUGAAUCUCUACCCAUGAUCACUUCCUUAGACAUUAAGAUAAUAUUUCUAAACGACAAAACAAGAACAAGAACAUGAAAACCCAGUUUCAUCUGAUUCGAGUUUAGAUCCUCACUUUGGUUUCUGAUAAUUCGUAGAAGGCGAUGAUGAAAGGGGGUUCUUUUGGGAAGAAAAAAGGAUCUUCCCAGAGCCAAGAUCACGACUUUGCACAGUUGAUCUUUUCAUGGUCUCUUGACGACAUUCUCAAUGACAACCUUUAUGAACAUCAGGUGGAGAAAAUACCACUAACUUUCCAGUCUGAAGAACACUACUUUCGUUCUUUUGUGUAUCCUUUGCUUGAGGAAACACGUACUGAACUGGCUUCAAGUGUAAAUAUGAUGGAUAAAGCUCCACGUGGUGAAGUUUCUUCAUUUAGGAUGGCGAAAGGUAAAGAGAAGAUGGUGUAUGAUGUUACUGUUGGUAAUUGGAGAAACACUGAACGCCCAAAAGAAUCUUACCGGACUUUACCUGGUGAUCUGCUUAUUUUAACAAAUGGGGAACCCGGAUCCGUUUCUGAUUUGCAGAGUGUGGGUAGUACAUGGGCUUUUUUAUUAGUAAAUAACACAGAGGAUGAUGAUAGUGGUACACCUGUACAGUUUAAAGUCGCUGCAUCACAAAAAAUCGAACUUCAUGAUCGGAUAUCUGUUAUUUUCUUGAUGAAUAUAACAACCCAGAAAAGAAUCUGGAAUUCAUUGCACAAGCAUGCGAAUCUUGAUAUUAUCAAAGAGAUUCUUUACCCUGAUUCAGUGGUUAACGAGAGGUGUGAUAUGUGUUCAUUAGGUUGCAAUAGUUCUAUCCAGAGAUUUGAUCAAAGUCUUGUUUCUAAACUGAAUGAAUCCCAGAAAGCGGCAAUUAUGGCAGCAAUUAGUAAAAUGGAAUGUUGUCAUAAAUCCUCUGUGGAACAAAUAUGGGGUCCACCUGGAACAGGGAAGACAAUGACUGUAAGUGUGAUGCUCUCUAUCUUCUUGCAAAUGAAGUGUAGGACACUUACAUGUGCUCCAACUAAUGUUGCCAUAGUAGCAGUAGCUUCACGUGUUCUAAGCUUGGUAAAGGAAUCAUCUAAAACUGUAACUGCAAGUGGUGAUUCGUUUUGUUCCAUUGGAGAUUUGCUAUUGUUUGGCAACAAGGAGAGGUUGAAAGUUGGAAAAGACAUUGAAGAAAUCUAUCUGGAUCAUCGAAUUGAGAGGCUUACAGAGUGCCUUGGAUCUCUGUCUGGUUGGAAGCAUUGUAUAAAAUCUAUGAUUGAUUUACUUGAAGAUUGUGUUUCUCAAUAUCAUGUUUUUGUAGAAAAUGAAUCGUUCAAGGAAGAACAACUCACAGAUGAAAACAAAAGUAAAACCAACAACUUGAAAAUCAAUUCAUUCACGGAGUUUGUGCGAGUACGAUUCAGUUCUUUUGUACUACCACUCAGAAAGUGCAUUAUCACAUUCUGUACUCAUAUCCCAAGAAGUUUCAUGAAGCCAGAAAAUUUCCAAACUAUGGUCUCUCUUUUGGAUAAUUUAAGCUCUUUGGAAUCUUUGUUGUCUAAAAAGAAUCUGGUUUCGGAUGAACUUGAGCACCUUUUUGUUUCUAAACCUUUGGAAGAUGAUUUUGUCAACUCAGGACACAUGUCAUCGAUUAAUUCUGUCAGAAUCAUGUCCCUUUCUCUUUUAAAAACUCUGCAGACAUCUCUUGGAGGACUCAAGCUUCCAAAUGGUUCCAGAGAUGCAAUAACACGGUUUUGUUAUGAAAGAGCUUCUCUUAUAUUCUGCACAACUUCUACUUCCUAUAAGUUGCAGAAAUUUAAAAUCGACCCUUUGAAGUUACUGGUUAUAGAUGAAGCUGCUCAGAUGAAGGAGUCUGAAGCCAUCAUUCCCCUUCAAAUUCCUGGAAUGAAACAUGCUAUUCUCAUUGGAGAUGAGUGCCAGUUACCUGCAACGGUUAAAAGCAGUGUUUCUAGUGAAUGCGGCUUGGGAAGAAGCUUAUUUGAAAGAUUGAGUUUGUUGGGUCAUUCGAAGCAUCUACUGAAUGUUCAAUACAGAAUGCAUCCUACAAUAAGUUCCUUCCCAAAUAGGAAGUUUUAUCAAAAUAAAAUUCUGGAUGCAGAAAAUGUGACAUGUAAAAGCUAUGGAAGGCAAUAUCUUUCAGGACCGAUGUUUGGUUCAUAUUCAUUUAUAAAUAUUGUUGGUGGAAGAGAAGAAGGUGAUGAUGUUGGGAGCAAAAGAAAUAUGGUUGAGGUGUCUAUUGUGGUUAAGAUAGUGCAGAAACUUUAUGAAGAAUGGAAAAAGUCCAAGAAAAAGGUUAGCAUUGGUGUUGUAUCUCCUUAUGCUGCACAAGUUGUAUCGAUUGAAGAGAAACUUCGUUACAAGUAUGAGAAACGUGAUGGAUUUUCAGUAAAUGUAAAGUCAAUCGAUGGAUUUCAGGGUGGAGAAGAAGAUAUCAUAAUUUUAUCUACUGUAAGAUCGAAUAGCCAUGGGAAUGUCGGAUUCACUUCUAGUCAUCAAAGGACUAAUGUUGCAUUGACCAGAGCACGGCAUUGUCUCUGGAUAUUGGGAAACGAAAGAACCCUGGCUCGUAGUGACUCGAUAUGGAAAGAUUUAGUGUUUGAUGCAAGGAAUCGUCGUUGUUUGUUUGAUGCUGAUGCUGAUAAAUGCUUGAAGAAGAUAAUAAUAGAUGCAAAAAAAGGGCUAGAACCUCUUAAUGAUAUGGUUAAGGGGUAUAGCUUACUUCUUAAACCUGUCAAAUGGAAGAUUCUCUUCAGCGAUAAUUUCAGAAAAUCGUUUGGAAAACUGAUGGAUUCUCGCAUGAAGAAUGUAGUUGUAGAUUUUCUACGGAAACUCUCUGGUGGAUGGCGUCCCAAUGAUGGAAACACAGACUUAAAGGUUUUGAAAAUAUAUAAGGUUGAAGGGCUCCAUGUUGUUUGCACAGUUGAUAUCAUCAAGGAGUUCAAGUACAUACAGGUUUUAAGGAUCUGGGAUAUACUACCUUUGAAGGAGAUUCCAAAAUUGAGAAAAGAACUUGACAGCAUUUUUGCUACAUACACAAAUGAUCAUAUGAAUCGUUGCACAACGAAACAUUUGGAGGGGAACUUGGAAAUUCCCAAGUGUUGGGCGUCAUCCCAAAAUAUCAUCCAGAUGCAUUUGAAGUUCUACUCCUUAUCACCUGGAAUGGUGGACCAUUUGCGUUUUGGUAGAGAAAUUGAUCUACCUGUGAAUCUCUCUGAUGAACAGAUGGAUGCAUUUUUAUGCUCCAAAAGUUCAUUCAUAAUUGGACGAUUAGGAACUGGAAAAACCACUAUAUUGACAAUGAAGUUGUUACAAAAUGAGCAGUCUUUUCGUUCUGCUUCUGAAGGAGAGAGCAACCAAGUCAGAAAUGGCGAAGUUGUUGAUGAUCAUGAAGAAAGCAAACCGACUCUUUUGCGACAGCUUUUUGUGACAGUCAACCCAAAAUCGUGUUCUGUGGUGAAACAACAUGUUUCCCACGUUACAAGUGUUCCAUGUGAUGGGAAUUCAUCAAGAGAGAUUAAUCUUGAUGAUGUGGAUAUAACAUCAGAAUCCGAUGUGCCAGACACAUUCAUUCAUGUCCCUGAGAAAAGUUAUCCUCUUGUGAUAACAUUUCAUAAGUUUCUGAUGAUGUUGGAUGAAACAUUGGGUGAUUCAUUCUUUACAAGAUUUCAUGAAGCAAGAGAAGACUCUCAUGGUAACUAUAUAAGUUCAAGAUCUGUUGCAUUGCAAACUUUCAUAAGAUCAAGAAACGUUACAUUUGACAGAUUUUGUUCGCUUUACUGGCCCCACUUUGAUUCGAAUUUAAAAAAGAAGCUUGAUCCUUCAAGAGUGUUCACCGAAAUAGUUUAUCAUAUAAAAGGAGGAGAAAUUCCUGAUGGAAAACUGACUUAUGAAGGCUACUCUUUAUUGUCUGAAGAUUGUGCAUCCACUUUAACAAAACAAAAAAGAGAGAAUGUUAACACCCUCUUUCAAGCCUAUGAAAAGAUGAAAACAGAACGUAGGGAAUUUGAUUUGGGAGAUUUAGCAAAUGAUCUUCAUCGUCGACUUAAAACCAAGAGUUAUGAAGGUGACCAAAUGGACUUUAUUUACAUUGAUGAAGUGCAAGAUCUUAGUAUUAGGCAAAUUUCUCUUUUCAAAUAUAUUUGCCAAAAUGUUGAUGAAGGAUUUAGUUUUGCGGGUGAUAUUGUGCAAAACAUUGCAAGAGGGAUUGAUUUUAGGCUUGAAGAUAUACGAUCUAUGCUCUAUACCGAGUUUUUAGGAACCCGAACAUCUGGAAAACAAGAGAAAGUUGAUAUGUUUGAGAUCUUUCAACUGAAACAGAACUCCAGAACUCAUGCUGGUGUGCUCAAAUUAGCUCAGAGUGUCAUUGACAUUCUAUACUGUUACUUUGCUCACUCAAUUGACAUUUUGGAGCCUGAGUCAACACUUUUUUAUGGGGAGGCUCCUGUUUUGCUCAAUUCUGGCAAUGAUAAAAACGCUAUUGUGAAAAUCCUUGGUGGCACAAGAACAAGUAAAGGAUUUGUUGGCUUUGGUGCUGAACAGGUGAUAUUGGUACGUGAUAAUUAUGUGAAGGCUGAGAUUUGUGAAUAUGUUGGAAAGCGUGCUCUUGUUUUGACCAUAGAAGAGUGCAAGGGUCUUGAGUUUCAGGAUGUGUUGCUCUACAACUUUUUUGGGUCAUCCCCUUUGAAAGACCAGUGGAGUGUUAUAUAUGGUUACAUGAAGGAACAAGAUUUGCUUACUGAGGGACUUCCUCAUUCAUUCCCGAGCUUCAAGGAUUCAAGACAUAAUGUAUUGUGCUCUGAAUUGAAACAGUUGUAUGUCGCUAUAACUAGGACAAGACAAAGGCUUUGGAUAUGUGAGAAUAAUGAGGAGCUAUCCAAGCCAAUGUUCGAUUACUGGAAAGGAAGGUGCCUUGUUAAAGUAAGGAAGCUGAAUGAUUCAGUAGCACGGGCAAUGCAAUGUGGAAGCAGCCCUCAGGAGUGGCUGGAGCGUGGUAAAAAGCUUUUCUAUGAGAAUGUUUUCGCAAUGGCUACAUUGUGCUUCGAAAAAGCUGGAGAUUCGAUGUGGGAGACAAUGGCCAAGGCUUCUGAAUUCAAAGCAUCUGCUGACAAGAUGCGUGAAACGAAUCCCAAAGCUGCUUCAUGUUAUCUUAGAGAAGCAGGUGAAAUGUUCGAGUCCAUUGGGAAACUGGAGCUAGCAGCUACUUGUUAUUCUGAUUUGGGAGACCAUGAAAGAGCUGGAAAAAUUUAUUUGGAUAAGUGUGGGGACAUUAAUGCAGCAGCAGAGUGUUUCUUGUUAGCAGGAUGUUAUAGUGAUGCAGCAGAAGCUUAUGCCAAGGGAGAUCAGUUUUCUAACUGUCUGUCAGUUUGCAGAAAAGGGGAAGUUUUUGAUACAGGUUUCCAGUAUAUAGAAUAUUGGAAAGAGCAUGUUCAUGUUCGAAGUAAAGAAAUAGAACAAAUUGAGCAAGAUUUUCUGGAGAGUUGUGCUCUUAGUUACUACGAGCGCAAAGACAAUAACUCCAUGAUGAAAUUUGUCAGAGCUUUUUCUUCUAUGGAAUCAAAACGUGUUUUCUUGAGGUGGUUAGGCUGCCUUAAAGAUCUUUUGCUGUUGGAAGAAGAAUCAGGGCAUUUUCUGGAUGCUGCUGAGCUUGCAGGGUCAUGGGGUGAUGUUCUGAAAGAGGCUGAUCUUUUGGAGAAGGCUGCUCAUUUUGAGGAAGCAACAUUGCUCCUACUGUGGUACGUGUUCUCUAACUCUUUAUGGGGAACUGGAAACAAAGGUUGGCCAUUGAUCCCAUUUGCUCAGAAGAAAUCACUUUGUAAGAAAGCAAAGUUACUUGCAAAAAUGGAUUCGGAUAGUUUUUUUAGUUUUGUUUGUAGUGAGGUUAAAGUACUCUCUAAUCACCAGAGCUGCUUGUCUGAGCUGAAGAAGCAUUUGCAUUCUUCCCAGCAACACAAGAGUCUGAGGGGAGUAUUCUUAUCAAUUAGAAAGAUUUUGGAUGCUCAUCUUCAGUUGAAUAUUUUAAAGUAUGACUGGGAGGAUGAGUUACCCAUUGAUAUUAGUAAGUAUGUAGAGGACAUGAUCUCUCAGAAUCAAGUUUCUGUUAGAACUCUGGUUUUUUAUUUUAAUCUCUGGAAGGACAACGUCAUGGAUAUCUUCCAGAGUCUUGGAGGACUUGAGAAUGCAGAACCAAAUGAGCAUGAGGGUCAUGUUGAUUUCUGUUUAAAUUAUUUUGGUGUGAGGAAACAAUAUGUAAAAGGAAACAUUGUUUACUUGUUAGUCAACAAGGAUUUUGAUUGGGUAAGAAAUGUUAGCGAUGACAAGGGGUUUCAUAGGGAUGGAGAAAUUCUAACUUUAGAUGGCAAGCAGUUGGGGCUUGCUAUUCGGUCAUAUUGGCAGUCAGAUUUAUUUUCUGUGGGUGUGAAGGUGCUUGAAACUCUUCAAUCUCUCUAUAAUUUGACUCUAAAGGGUUCUUCAUUUCACCAAAGCACGUCUCUUCUUCACAUUUUUGAGGUAUCCAAGUUUCUUUUAGACUGCCAGUAUCUCAACCUCACAAUUGAUCAUAUGAAGACUUUGCAAGUUUUUCUUGGAAGCUCUAUGAUAUAUUUUGACUAUGUGUUUCCAUUAGACUGGCGAAAUUCAGUCUCCAGGAGCUUGAUUGCCUUAAGGGAGAGUGAUCUUUCAAUGAACUUGCUGGAGGAAGUUAUUCUUCAGCACCUCAACAUUGAACGUGACCUCACCUAUUGGACAACUGGGAGAGUGAUGAUGAUAUGUCUUAGUUCCAAAAAAUCUGUUGCAGUUAAGGAGAAGAUUAUUAGGGGUCUUCAAUGGAAUCCCUUAUGGAAGUCAUUUGCUGAGAAAUUUUCGGAAGAUGGCUUCAAUGAGGUUUAUGUUGCUCUAACACUCCAGAAUGCUCUGGAAGAUACUUAUAGAGCUUACUGGUGGUUUCCUGGCUACAUGUCACCUCACAGUUUUGUGUAUCUCGUGGAUCGUCUUCUUUUCAUGGCAUCUUUCUCGUUAGGAGUCUUUUUCACUACAAAAUCUACUUUUGUUGAAUGGUAUACUCAUUUUCACAUGAUGUCUACUCCAGAUUCAAAACAGAUAUUUUCGAAGGAUAUCGCACACUUUCUUGUUGGAAUAGUUCAGCACAUUCUCUACGAAAAAGAGGAAACCAUAUCAUGGAUUGGACGAUCUAACAUUGUUGCGACUUAUUACCAUCCACUGAUAGCAUUGAAAUUGGUUAUGAUAGUUUCUUUAAUUUCCUUGCAGUUAUUAGAUUGUUCCCAAGUAAUAAUUGAUUUGCUGUUGGGGUGGAACAAUAUUGCUUAUUUGCUUCCCAAGAAGUUUGUAGGUGAUCUUCUAAGGAGAUGGAACGGUUGUAACUUGAAUUUAAAUCCAGAUAUGGUUGCAGAAGCAUUUGCAAGCAUAGAAGAUCCUCUUCUAAUUGUGAGUUCAGGAAAUGCAACUCCAAGAGUCCAUGCUCCAUGUGCAAUAUUUGUGGACCUAAGGAGGUCUAGAAUGGAAAUAAUGAGUGUAUUGUUCCCAGGUGAAACUACACAUAAUCCCCAGAGAGACAAAGCUACAACAAGUGAGGCUCUUCGGGAGGAGAAUCAUGUUGAGGAAACUAGCGAUGAACAAAGCAACGGUGACCAUUCACUGGUGGAAUUGGAGGUAGAAAGUCAAAGCAGCAACAGUAACACUCAGGAUUCAGGAAACAAAACAAGGAUGGGAAAUAGCAGAAGGAAGAAGAGUCAAAAAAACAGAGGCAGCAACACUCAAAAUACAUUAGCUACUGUUUUAUUGGAUGAACAACCUUGUGCCAGAGAAAGUACAACUCCACCUGAAGCAAAAAACUCAUGGGAUGACCUUACAACUCUACUUGAAAGAAACAACUCAUGGGGUGACCUUACAUCUUUUCCGGAAGCAAAAAACUCAUGGGAUGACCAUACAACUCUACAGGAAGGAAACAGCUCAUGGGGUGACUUUACAACUCUAUCUGAAGCAAAAAACUCAUGGGAUGACCUUACAACUCUACAGGAAGGAAACAACUCAUGCUGUGACCUGAAGCAGGCUUCUUACGCAUCUAAUAUGAGUCGACCCAAAGUGGAGCUUCCAGAUUCUACUAGUGGAAAAAGAACUGGUGUCCAAACAACUGCAGAGAGGCUGCAAAGUAGCAGGAGAAUGGUAGAUGCUUUCUCUGGUCAAUCUGUCAUUGGUCAGGAAUGGAAGGUUGUUAAAAAGGUGGGUUCAGAGGAGAAGUGUGUGGAGGAAGCUGAUGAUCAACACAGCAAUGUUGGUCAAUCACUGCUGAAAUCGUUGUUAGAAAAGAAAACCAGUGAUGAUAGCACUCAGAAUGCAGAAAUCAAGAAAGGGAAGGGAAAGAACAACGGGAAGUGGAUUAAGAAGAACAAAGGUAGCAAUAGUUUAGGUACAUUUACUACUGGUGAUGUACAUAUCAAUGAUCUUUCACCGGUGGAAUUGAUGCUAGAAAAACAAACCAGCAAUGAGAAGUCUAAGGAUGUUGAAUUUAAGGAAGGGAAGGGUAAGAACAUGGAGAAAUGGAUUCAAAAGAACAAAGUUAGCAACAGUGUAAAUACAUUUAAUGGUGAUGACAAUAGCAAUGAUCAUCCACCGAUGGAACUGAUGCUAGAAAAACAAACCUGCAAUAUGAACAUUCAGGAUGCGGAAAUCAAUAAAGGUAAAGGGAAAAGUAAAUUGAAGAAAGGCAGCAACAGUCUAAAUACAUUUACUACUGUUCUUGUGGAUGGACAUCACUGUGCUGGAGAAGAUACAACUCUGCAGGAAGCAAACACCACAUUCAAUGACCUGAAGCAACCUUCUUCUGCAUUCGAUACAAGUCAACUCGAAGUGGGUCUUCUAGUUUCUAAGAGUGGUGAAACAACUGUGCCAACAUUUGUGGAGAAGCUGCAAAGUAGAGCAGUGGUAGAUGGUGUCUUUAAUUAUGUGGGUUCAGAGAGCAGCAACAUAACUGAGGCUCUUCAGGUGGAUGAAACUGAUCAUGAUGAACUCAGCAUUGGUGAUCAUUCACCUCUGGAAUUGUGGUUAGAAAGCCAAAGCAGCAAUGAUACAACUCUGGAUAUGGAAAACAAGAAAAGGAAGGGAAAAUAUGUUAUUGGAGAAGAUACAACUAUGUGUGAAGAAAAUAGUGCAUACAAUGACCAGGAGCCAUCUUCUCCUUUUGAUAGGAGGAUAAAUACAUUGGACGCUGUGAAAUGUGGUAGCUUUCUAGGUUUGGCGGUAGCAUUCUUGGGAAUUCGCAUGUGGAGGAAAACUUGAUUAAAUGGUACUGAUGCUUCUUAAGGUAUUUCGCAAACUUCAUAUAUAUAAAGUAAAAACCGAAGAAAGAGAAUUAGAGAAAAGAGACCUCAUUCUCCUCUCUAGGAACUGAAGGGGUGCUUUGCAUAUGAUAAAAUGGCUUCCGGUUCCUUCAAGCCAAAGGAAGAGCAGAGAAUUUGAUUAUCAACUUCAGCAAAUCACUUCUUUCCUGGUUUGAUUUUUAUGUUUUCAUUGUGGGUGUUAUGUAUAUGAAACAUAAUUUGACUUAGAUAUUUUGAUUUGACAUUGAUAACUAAUUUCCACUAGCUACUUGGCCUAAGUUGUACGGGCAUUAUUAGUUU